AUGCUUCUAAUCGACGGUGACUUCCAGCUCCUAAUUGACGGCGAACUGCUCUUAAUUGACGGUGGUCGGCUGCUUCGAAAUGAUGGAGAACGGCGAGGGAUUUUCAGUAGGCAAACGGCGACUGAUUUUCAGGCGAGAGAUGAGAGAUUUUCAACUGGCAUCGAAUUUGAGAUUGGGGAAAUUUUUCUCCAUUUCAAAGUAGGGCUCAACAAUCUAACUACAUGGGGACGUGUGUUGAUCGAGCCGAAGAAGAUGGUUCAAGGCAAAUCAAUUAUUCUGUGGAUUGUACUUUUUAAGUUUUAUGCUGCGCCUUGA